GUGAUUCCUGGUAUGUCAGCUUGAAUGUAGUGGGUUUCUGAAGGUUCCGACUUCAAGGAGAAUCGCUAACGUCUUUUCUUCUUUUUCUUAGAUGCUGAGAUGAAUCGUCACUUGUGUGUUUGGCUUUUUAGACAACCAUCUCUUAGUUGUUACCCCCAGUGUUAUAUCCACCUUCGUUCUCAUCCAUGUAGACCAACACAUCUUGGCACAAGGCUGUGGGUUCUUAGACCAAACAGGAAUCACAUUCUCCAUCAUCUGUUAAAUAAGAACUGGUCCAGAAGAUACUGUCAUCAAGAUACCAAGAUGCUCUGGAAGCAUGAAGCACUACAGAAAUAUAUGGAAGAACUGAGUAAGGAGUGCCAAACACUUGAACAAUGUUUGCAGCAUGCAUCUGUGAAUGAAGAGAAGAGAAAGACCUGGAACCAAAGGCAUGCUGAGUUGGCACCUCUUGCAGCCAUUUACCAAGAAAUUCGGAAGGCUGAACAAGCAAUUGAAGAAUUAGAAUCAAUGUUUAAAAGUCUGAAUGAACAAGAUGAAAAGCAGUUACAAGAACUUGCAGUAGAAGAAAGGCAAACCAUUGAUCAAAAAAUCAACACGUUAUACAGUGAGCUUUUCCAGAAUCUAGUGCCAAAAGAAAAAUAUGACAAAAAUGAUGUUAUUUUAGAGGUGAUAUCUGGAAGAACUACUGGAGGUGACAUAUGCCAACAAUUUACCCGAGAAAUAUUUGACAUGUAUCAGAAUUAUUCAUGCUACAAACAUUGGAAAUUUGAACUUCUGAAUUAUGCACCAGCAGACUAUGGUGGACUUCAUCAUGCAGCAGCCCGAAUUUCCGGGGACAAUGUCUAUAAGCAUUUGAAGUAUGAAGGUGGGAUUCACCGAGUGCAGCGAAUCCCUGAGGUGGGCCUGUCCUCAAGGAUGCAGCGUAUUCACACAGGAACAAUGUCAGUUAUUGUCCUUCCUCAACCCGACGAGGUAGAUGUGAAAUUGGACCCCAAGGAUUUGCGAAUAGAUACAUUUCGAGCAAAGGGAGCAGGAGGGCAGCAUGUUAAUACAACAGACAGUGCCGUUAGACUUGUCCAUAUCCCUACAGGGCUAGGAGUAGAAUGUCAACAAGAACGGUCACAAAUAAAAAAUAAAGAAAUAGCUUUGCGUGUGUUGAGAGCUAGACUCUACCAGCAGAUGAUUGAGAAGGACAAGCGUCAACAGCAAAGUGCUAGGAAACUGCAGGUGGGAACAAGAGCCCAGUCAGAGAGAAUCCGGACAUACAAUUUCACACAGGAUAGAGUCACUGACCACAGAAUAGCAUAUGAAGUUCGUGAUAUUAAGAUUCAGGUUCUACAAUUAUGCGACUGA